AUGUAUGGUGGCAGUCUCGAUGAUCUAGAACAACUUCACCAGUCUGUCAUCGACCCGGCAUGGUCUCAGUCAGCGAUAUGGCCACUUGUAGGACCACUCGUCGACUAUUUUACGAAAGAGGUGGAAUCACGACGAGAUAUAUGUGAAGUACUUGAGGACUGUGUUCAAGGGCUCCCCGAAGUGGGCUUACCGGACUCUUCGGAUGAUGGCGGCCCAUUGAUGGCUGAGGAGUAUGUAAAGCUCGGGAAAGCGUUUCGAAGACACGAACGAUGCCGCAUACAAGCCACUUCGUUCCCUUCAAUCGCAGAGCUAAAAGUUUGGCAUGGAACAAGUGAGUCAAGACUAGUGACUAAUUACGAUUCUCAUUCCAAAGCAGCUCGCGUUUAUCGACAAAGUGUGCUGCAGCAACAGCGGAUAUAUACCAAGGAACGUUUGGAAGCUCAUCAACAACAGAGCGAAGACAUCAAAACGGCGGUGAACAAAAUUCUGACCUCUAACAGGCAGGACGGAACCCAAAGAUUUUCUUCCUCAGAGUUUAUAUCCGAAGUGUAUGAAUGCUAUCAGCUCGAAGCAUGUCAUUUGUGGAUGCAGCCAGUGGGAUACGUGGAUUUUGAGACCGCAGAAUUCAGUGACACCGUCAUAUUCGGUACCGAUAGAGGGAUGGAAAUCAUGUACACGCUAUUGGGUUGGGUAUUAGGAGGAGUUAUGUCGUUUAGAAAGCUAGAGAUUCAUCAAGCUCCCUCGAAAAAGAAGAUGAUCGAGCUCGAACAACGUUUCCAACUAGCUGGAAAUGUAAACGACAUGCUCAGUCUCAGUCAACCUCCCCUGGUACCCCUAGACAAUAAAGAAAUCAAACGUUACUCGAAAAGUAAGCUCCUCCCUCAGCAAUCAGCUCUAAAUUCAAACGCGUCUAUGAGAUGGAAUUCCUAG